AUGGAAAGAAGUUUGGCGCCUGGAUUGACCGAGACAAACGAGAGCAGUCCGGAUUCUAAAGAAUCAGUAAUUUCGCUGUCUAGAUCGGAGGAGACAAACGAGAGCAGUCCGGAUUCUGAAGAAUCAGUGAUUCCGCCGCCAUCUUCCUCUAUAACCGGAAUUGAAAAUUGUACGAGGAAUCAAAGGUUUCGUGAAAUCAAUCACGCGAAACCGAAGGGUGGAAAAGAUGUUUUCCAAGAAAAUUACAUGCUGCUGCAUUUAACCCAAAAUACACUGAACUCCUCAAGGCUAUCAAUGCUGACGAACGGUGUUAUGCAGCCAUUUGUGAAGCGGGACGAUUUGAAAAGCCCCAAAAAGUCAGUCUGGAACUGAUAAAGCCGAUUG